AUGAAAAGACUUUCCACACAAAGUUGGGUUAACCUCAAGUCAUACAGUGCUACAGCUGAUACUCCAAUUCUGCCAUGAAAAAUGUUGUCAAUCUGCUCAACCCCUCAUCUUAUUCUGGUUCCGCCCUGGAAGAACCAUAACAACACCAACCUUGUUUUUCAUCACUCUAAAUCACAAUCACCCCUUUUCAAAUUUUUUCCUCAUUCUCUUCGUACCAUCAAUUCUCUUUCCAGGGACGAAAACCAGCUGGGAUAUGAUCCUUCAGAUGAACUAUAUGGAAUUGAUGUGAAUAUACCACCAAGGGAUAUUAAAUCAGAUGCAAUCGAACCUAGAUCAUGGUUUGGGCCCAAUGGACAGUAUAUUAAAGAGCUUCCCUGCCCAAGUUGCCGGGGAAGAGGAUAUACUCCUUGUGCAGAGUGCGGAAUUGAGCGGUCUAGACAAGAUUGUUCGCUUUGCAGUGGGAAGGGAAUUAUGACUUGUCAGCAAUGCUUGGGGGAGCGUGUCAUCUGGGAAGAGUCAAUUGAUGAAAUCCCGUGGGAAAAAGCACGUUCCAUUUCUCCGCUGAAAGUCAAAGAAGAUGAUGAAGUUGAUAAUUUGGAGCUAAAACUAAACUCAAGGAAGAAAUCAAAGCGAGUUUACCGAUCUACUCCUCCAGAAGUUGGGCUGAAAAUCAGUCGCUCCUUGAAAAGUCUCAAUGCAAAAACAGGACUGUUCAGCAAGAGUAUGAAGAUCAUCCAUCGUGAUCCUGCUCUUCAUGCACAAAGAGUAGCUGCAAUAAAGAAAGCUAAAAGGACACCUGCUGCAAGGAAGCAUACUUCCGAAACUCUGAAAAACUUCUUCAGUGAUCCUGAGAAUCGCCGGAAGAGAAGCAUUUCUAUGAAAGGGAUUAAAUUCUUCUGCAAGAACUGUGGACAAGAAGGGCACAGGAGUUAUUACUGUCCUAAACGUGGAGUAAACACUGAAAGGAGAUUCAAAUGUGGGUUGUGCGGUGAGAAGGGCCAUAAUAGAAGAACUUGUCAAAAACCAAGAACAAGUAAACCAAAACAAAGAAUUCUAAAGGAAUAUCAUUGCCGUUCAUGUGGGAAAGUCGGUCAUAAUCGCAGGACUUGCUCUAUGAAGACCAAACUACAGUCAGACAGUGCCAUUCAUGAAAAUAAAAGCUCUGUCGAGGAUUCAAAGGGACGUGUUCGAAAGCAUCAUCAUCAAUGCAGUGUUUGCGGAAAAGUUGGUCACAAUAGCAGGACAUGCUUUCUGAAGACUGAACUAGAGUCAGACAGUGCCACUCCUAAAACUGAAGGUUCUUUUAUGAAUUCAAAGGUACAUUUUCGAAAGCAUGUUCAUCGAUGUAGUGUAUGCGGAAAGAGUGGUCACAAUAGCAAGACAUGUUCUCUGAAGACUAAGCUACAGUCAGAUGGCGCUGCAUUUGAUAAUAAUGGCUCUUUCAAAAAAAUUCAGGGAAACGCCCAAAAGCAUAAUCAUCAAUGCAGUGUAUGCAGAAAGCACGGUCACAAUAGCAGGACAUGCUCUCUGAAGACUAAGCUACAGUCAGAUAGUGCCAAACUUGAAAAUAAUGGCUCUUCAAAAAAGCUAAAGGGAAAUCUUCAAAAUCAUCAUCAUCAUAAUCAUCGAUGCAGUGUAUGUGGAAAAAGUGGUCACAAUAUGAGGACUUGUUCUGACUCGAUUGACAAAUUCGACGUGACUUUUGGAGUUAGCCAACGAGCAAGACGACUAUAUCACUGCAAGAUUUGCGGGGUACUCGGCCAUAAUCGGAGGACCUGUGCCGAAAAGGGAUUUGCAAACAAUGUAUAUAUCGAAGUUGAUUCUACAUUCUGAAAUUUGUAGUUCUCUCCUGAGCACCCUUUUUUUUUUUUUUUUUUUUUUUUUUUUUGAGUUUUGUUUACCAUUUGUUAUACUACUAUUUAUAUUUCUUAUGGUUUCUGAAUUAAUCAUGGCUUAGUCAUUAACUCGUUGAACAUCUGGAAAUGCAAUGAGCUCUGCCAUAUGUAUUAUAUAUUCUGUUUUUGUGGUAUUAUGUUAAAGACUCGGUAAGGGAGAUUAGGAUGAAAGCUUGUACUAGUAUUUUUUAUUCACAUUCAAGGCAAUGGUUACAAUUGUAAAAUAAAUAUAGCUUGCUUGAGGCUACAA